AUGGCUGCGCAAGGUCAACCCAACCAGGCGGCCUCGUCCAACUCACGUUCGCAAGGGACUCGAGCCGGGUCCAAAUGGUCUAAAAAUGAAGAAGCGUGGCUCGUGGUUAAUUGCAUGAAAGACGUAACCACGGCAUGGCUUGUUGCAAAUUUCCCUGGUAGAGCUCGUGGCUUAAACGGUAUUACCGGCCAUCUGGCCGAUAUGCGCCUUCACAAUCGUUUGUCAAAGAAAUGGCGCCAUAAGAGCUGGAAUGAUGAGCCACCAUAUACUCUGCGCGAAGAUAUAGAGAUCAUGCAAUGGCAUGUAUGGGGCCGCGAGCACCUUGAUCCUCAGAUAUUUGUGCCAAACCAGCGUGCUGGAGGCAGCGUAAUCGCUAGAGCUGAUUACUUAUGUCGAGACGAGGAAUUAGUAAAAGCAGUUAAGGAAGCUGAAAAAACUGCUCAGGAGGCAUUAGAGGCGAGAGACGAGGCCUGCUUCAACGCAGAAAAUGAAACUGCAGAUGGACCCGUCGAUCAUAGUGCUAUGAGAAUGAUGAAUCGAAUUCUCUUUAGAACAGAGAGCGACAGCAUAGUUAAGAUUUGUGACGCCAUUUCCCGUUCUCUUUGGAAUAGAGAACAUAGUGAGGAUGAUGAAGAUAACGAAGACGAUGAGGACGAUGAGGAUGGAGAAGAAGGGGAAGAAGGGGAAGAAGGGGAAGAAGGGGAAGAAGGGGAAGAGGGAGAGCCCACUGCCGACAACGAAGAGACUGAAGCCGAUGAUCUUUCCAUGCGUAGGAAUCGCAAGAGCUUCUACGUUUUGGCAAGACGGCAACAAUAG